GCGACGGCGGAACUCUGGAUGAUUCGAAGAAUAGCAUUGCAGCUGUUGCUAAACGUUUGAACUUUCAAUGUUCUUGUGCUACUCACGAUAUAAUAACGGUCGAAAGUUAUUGAGACAUGUGCAUGCAGCAUGCAGCGUGGCUGCAGGAACGGCAAGCCAACCUCUGAUUCCCUCCUCCCCUCUCACCACGAACCAACCAAACAUUGUGACCGUGUCUCACAGCAAGCUGCUUGGGUCAUUCACGAAUUGAAUGACGAAAUUAUUCCCUCCUUUCCGUACAUUCUAUAAGUUUGCACUUCUUCUUUAUGUACCGCGACCACGAGUCUGCAUUCCCCGUUCUGCCCGACAAUUGACCUUUCUAUUCCGAAGCUUCACGACAACCCUCGCCAUGGGCGGCAACGCCUUCAACAAACAUUCCCCAGCUCUCCCCACGCCUCGAAUGCCCCCAGAAAUCUACACCAAGAUCCUCUCGCAAACAUUAGAUACAUUACGGAAGCACUAUCAACAUGUUGGCUCACCCAUCGAAGCACCAGGCAAGCCAGACUUCGGGGAUAUCGACAUCAUGGUCGCGUCCCCUCUGUCCCGAGAUUUCGACACCUUAACUGCGCCCCCCAAAACCGUCGCUGAGAACCUUUCCAAAACAUUGGGCGCAGCUGCCUCGAUAUUGGAGUCUGGGAACCCGACGAUAAACCUCGCUGUUCCGUGGCCUGCGGAAGAAGUAGAGGAGCAGAAGUACGUGCAAAUCGACAUCCACGUCUGCAAAGACUCAAAGGACCUGACCUGGAACCUCUUCCACGCCGCACACGGCGACCUCUGGAACAUCCUCGGCACGACCAUCCGUCCCUUCGGCCUCACCGUGAACGACAAAGGCAUGUACCUCCGCAUCCCCGAAAUCGAGCUGCUAGACAGGAAGAAGAGUAUGAUUUUCCUGACCGACUCCCCGUCUCAAAUCUUGGCAUUCCUUGGGCUGGAUGAGAGCAAGUGGUGGUCUGAGUUUGGCAGUAGGAGGCAGAUGUUCGAGUUUGCGGCGGGGUGUCGGAUGUUCUGGGUUAAAGAGAAGGAGGUAGAGGGGGAGGAGGAGGAGGGAGGGGUGGGUGACGUUGUUGGGGAAGUUGAGGGAGGGGUAGGGGGCCAAGAGGGAGGCGAGAAGGGAAAGAAGAAGUUGAAGCAUAAUGAUCGACAGCGCAUGGCGAAGAGACCUAUUUUUCGCGAGUGGAUCGAGGAGUUUAUCCCGCUUUUGAGGGAGGAGGGGUGGUGUGGGGAGUGCAAGGUCACCCGUGAACAAGUCAUGGAAGAGGCUUUUGCGAAAUGGGGAGUGGAGACGGAGUACGAGGAGAGGUUGAGGGCGUGGAGGCUGGCGAGACAUGAAGAUGAGCUUUGGAGAGAAAUCAAGGGAAGCAUACCCGAGGAUGUCGAUCCACCAUUCAGAGGAGCGGCAAUCAGGCAGUUGAAGGUGGUUAUCAUGGAAGGCGAGGAGUGGGAGGGAACCGUUCCCGAUGCGGCGAAGAAGAGCGAGCAGGGAUUCCAUGAUUUGGAGGUUGUAAAGAAGUUUGUCCUCGACAAUUGGAAGAAGGCGGGAGAAGUGGGAUGGGAGAGGCAGCAGAAGAGGGCCAUGGAGGGGAUGAAGGCUAAGGCAGAGAAGAAGAGGAAAGUGGGCGAGGAGCCGAAGGUAUCUGUUUCAUAGAACUGAGUGUACAACAUUGGAGCUCGAUGUUUGAGGACAAACUUGACUUGAUCCGAACCUCUUGGAGUCAGUUGAAAGGCAAGUAUAAAUUAGAUAGACCCGGGCUUACUGAAGAAAGUAACGUGCAAAAGUCAUUUAGACCUUCAACAAAGCCUUCUCGUCAAGCCGGAACACAUCUGGCUGAGACUCUC